AUGAAGUUUUUCCAAAUAACCAUCCUGCUCUACCUCUCCUCCUUUGUCACCGCCGCCCCGCCUUCAUCCCCCUCUACCGAUCUCUCAGUUCGCGACGCUUCCCCUCUGGACUCGUUCACCCAUCUCGAGAAGCGCAAAGGUGGCGGCGGCGGUAAAGGAGGUGGAGGGGGCGGUGGCUCCUCCUCUGGCGGAUCGAGCGGCGGACGGAGCGGUUCUGGGUCGUCGUCGUCAGGCGGUUCAUCUACAAGACCAAAUGGACAACCAUAUUCGUUCUCCCCUUCGUCCAACGCCGGCGGCCGCACGCGCGACGGGUCGGGCACACCCAAGGCGUUCGGAGGCAACCGAUACACGGGCGGCGCGGUGGUGCCGUACACCGCGGGCGCACGCUCGCCGACUUUGGGGGUUGCGCCGUUCUUCAUCGGCGCGGGCGCGCUGGCGUUUUUCCCGGGCCUCUGGCUCUACGGGAAUGUCUGGGCGUACCCCUACGGCAUCCCCUACCACUGGACCGACGACGACGGGCGCAACCGCACCUCCAACGUGACCUGCCUGUGCCAGCAGUACCAGGUCUGCGGCUGCGAUCCCAGCGACAACUCGACGUUCCUGACCCAGGUGGUCACCAACGGUAGCUCGACGCCCAUCGCGCCCGUCAACACCAGCACCGUCAGGACCGUGUCCUUCGCCAAUGGCUCUACGGAUACGUACGUCAACGGCAGUCUGGCAAACGGCACCACCGCCAGCGGAGGCACCGAUCCCAGCGAUUCCUCCGAGGUCAGUGGCAGUGUCCGCACGGUCGUGGAGUUGAGCGGCUAUUGGGCCAUGCUUGUCAUUGUGGGCUGGGGCAUGUGGAUGGCUGCCUAG